AGCGGAGCCAGCAAAUCACUCGCUUCUCGUUUCUAGUGCCGUCGAGACACGGAUUAGGUCAGGUCCCCGCGUUUCGCGAUAUUCCAGUGUAUCCGGUGUUCCAGUUUACAGUGUUUUUCUGCAGCAACAUUUGUGACUUCCCUUGGGUGCACAUUUCAAAGUGGCUUCAUUUCUUAGCUGGUGUUUACCUCCUAUUUGAAGCUGGGUUACAUUAUUACUUGGUUUCCGAAUCAUCGAGUCUCGGAAUCAUUGGAAGAGCCAAAAUGACUAAUCAAGCGGACGAAGAGGCGCUCCGUACUGAACAUCGGGCCAUCUGCGAGCAGCUCAACACCGAUGUCUCGACGGAGGAACGGUCCUGGAGUGCCUUUCGGGACAUCCGGAGCAACUACACUUUGGAGGGUGACCCUCUGCACUGGCUAUGCUGCUCGCUUUACGUGGCUUGUCGACAAACGGUCACGCCGACCGUUGGCAACACCAAUUCCGUCCUACAGGGAAACUGUGUUUCCUUGACACGCUUACUUCGGCUGUGUAACAUAAAGUUCAUCGAGUUCGACAGCAAAAUCUCUCAGUGGAUCGAAAUGGCUUCACUGCCGGAAAACCAGCGCACGGCCAUAAAUAAUCUGCAGCACAGCUUUACCGUUUCGAUGUCCAUCUACGUCAAGUACUGCGAAAUUUUCCCGCUUAUUUUCCUUGCACCCAAUACGGAUGAACCCAAGCGAGGCAAAAAAUCGAAACCUGUUCCUUGUAGCCCGAAUCGGCUGUUUGAGUUUAUUUGGACCCUUUUCAUCUGCGCCAAGGCUGAGUAUCCAGAGCAGAGUGGAGAUUUGGUUUCGUCCUACAAUAUGCUUCUGUGCUGUUUGAACAUGCUAUACGCCAAUGCGAUUGCCGAUGGAAGAAAAGAUAUCGUUAACCCAACAUUCGAAGGCAUUCCGGAAGGAUUCAUGUCCGGUAACAUCCCGGAACAGCCGGUUUGUGUAAUCGAAGCUCUUUGUGACGAAGGCUGCGGCUCAAAUGUGCUGAACACCUUGAACACUAGCUGGAAGGACGUAAUCGAAAAGUUCUUCCAGACAAACGUACUGAAAGGCGAUCAGAAUAGUUUCACAGAUCUGACAACUGUCGGUAACUUCGAUGACAAUUUGAAGUCCCUUAACAGCUUGUAUGAUACUUUUAUACUGAGCUGUGGAGAAUUUGACGAGCGCAUAGCUUUGGUUCAGAAGUUGGAUUCCCCAUUCUUGGCCAGGUUCCAUAACCAACAGCUGAAUCCAAUUGGAACGCCGGAGAAGAUCCCUCUUUGCCAGCAGACGCCACUCACUGGACGUGCCCGAAUCAUUAGUAAUGCAGAGUGCAAUAAUUUUACUCCAAUCUCAACCGCAAAUGCCUCGGUUAACAAAUUACGCAUGAAACUAACCGGGUACGAUGGACAACCCCAUGGGUCGUUGCAGGAGUUGUUCAGAAGUGUUUCUAGAGACCCAACUACGAUUGUCAAGAGCAGACUUGCCGGCUUUCGUGAAAAGUUUCUAGCUUGGAUGACCCAACAUAAAUGGAACGAAAAGUCCGCCGUUGCAAAGUACGAUAUGAUUGAGGCUGUUUAUUAUCGUUUGUUGGAAAACAUCGUAAGGGUCGAACAAAGACGCCACCAUCAAAACAUGAUUUGGCAGCUUUGUAGCGAGGAUAUGUUCAACAAAACACUCCUGGUGUGCAGUGCCGAAAUAGUUAUCUAUGCGCACAAUCUACAGCAGAACUUUUCUUGGAUAUUGAAGGCCUUCGAGAUGCCUCCCUUUAUUUUUUAUCGUAUUAUCGAAAUGAUAAUUUUGAACCACCAAGAUUUGCUGACGCGGGACGUCAUCAAACAUCUGACGAUCGUUGAAGAACAAUGCUUAGAAUCACUAAGUUGGACUAGUUCAUCGCCUCUGUGGACAACGAUGCAGAAAAUCAAUUACACCGUUCCAACAGCACAAGAAGUGGAAUCCUCGACGGAUUUAUCUGGUAUAACUCCGCACAAACCGGGUGAUAGCGCUGUGAAGAUAAACGAUCAACUGAAAAACGAGGCAACACCUUCAACUUCAACGGCUACUUCGUCAACUGGGACGGUUAUCAGGAAGGUUCCAAACCCAGAUUCAGCUAAAAAACGGCUGUUUGGUCUUGAUGAAGAUCGAAACAGUGCUGCAGAUUCUUCCCAAACUCCCAAAAAGCAAAACUCUCAACAAUCAAAUGAAACCCUCGGCCCACGCAAUUUGAAUCAACCGUUUGCAUCGACACUGGAUUUCAACUCACCGCUGAAGCUACCGGUUCCGAAUGGAUCCUUGUCAAAACGACGACCCGGGGAGAGCUCUUUGAAACUGUUCUUCCGAAAGUUCUACACAAUUGCGGCUGUGCGUAUGAUGCAUCUGUGCGCAAAUUUGAACCUCACAUCUCUAGACAUCCAGAAACAGAUUUGGACCAUUUUCGAGCGCUCGAUCGUAAACUUCUCGGCAGAGCUGAUGCGUGAUCGACACUUGGACCAAAUGCUCAUGUGUGCCAUCUACGUGUUCGUCAAGGUGCGCAGGCGCAACAUCACAUUCACCGAAAUCAUGAGAUGCUACCGUUGCCAGCCGCAAUCGAGCAGCCAUGUCUAUCGGAGUGUGUUUAUGAGACGGGUGAACCCGGAACAGGAGCAAGAGCGCCAGCAACAACAAAGUGGGGCCAGUGGCAAUCGUAACGAAGAGGGUCAUCGAGUAAAUCCGAAUGAUUUGGCCGGCAUUUCGGUUCAGCACGGAGAAGAGGAACGUGGUGAUAUUAUUCGCUUCUACAACAAUGUCUACGUUCAGCUGAUGCAAGAAUUUGCGAUGCAGUUCAACAACGCCGAAGAACAUUCCUUGGUGCUUUCACCGCCUCCGAGAGGUCGCAGCCUCAUGCUUUCGCCAAGACAAAUAGAUGCACGAAUUCCACUGUACGUCAAUCCGAUGGACCGCAGAAACGGAGACAGGAAAGAGUCGCCCAACUCAAUCACGUAUAAAUUUCACUGCAGUCCUGCUAAGGAUUUGGAACGCAUAAAUCACAUCGUAAGGACCCCGGAUCUGGCCACCUGCAAGCGCAGUCUCACCGACCCUGACUCGUACGACCCGCCGGGAUUGGUUGGCAUAUCCAAGCGUAUGCGCAAUGGUAAAAAGCUGGACCGGCUUAUCUCGGACCGGCAACAACAAGAAAACGGAGACUCGACAACGAAUCAAUCUUAGUGAGAGACUGAUUAGAAUUGCUGUAUUCUAAUUCUCCAGUCAUCAGACUAAAUCUAUAUAUUUCCGAUCACGAUCACCAUAUUUAAGCAGGAGCCUAGCGUUUAAGGACACUGGGUAAUGAAAUAACCCGUUUGUUUUUUUUUUCUUUUUUUUUUCGUUGAAAUUCAACAUGCUUUAGAAUAGUAAGAAAAUAGAACAACCGACAAAAUUAAAAAUUGUGAAGAAUUUAGACCAUUUUAGAUAAAUUUGCAUGAUUUUCUGUAUCCUUAGUAGAUGACUACGAUAAUCUAAAAAUACAUAUUUUAACCUUAUUGCUAUUUUUAAAAACUAAUGCGCAAAUGUCACCCCACAUUUAACGAGAAUGGUUCUUCGCACCUGUAAUUCGACCACGGUUUUCAAAAUGUUUAUGGAUCUCAAAAUCGGGUCUUGCAGUGUCUUUUUAAGUGAAUUUAUCUGUUAAUUUAUUUAUUCUUAUUUAGUGAGAUCGUAUUCAAAUGUUCAAAUGUAUUUUCUCUACAUUGGAAGACUCGUUUCCCGCGGCGAAUCUGGGAUCGUUCUGUCCCGGGUAGCACAUUAUUUUAAUGCUAUUACAGUUACCUCAUUAUUCCCGGUCUCGAUAAAAUUAGUACCGGGAGUAAUUGGUGAUCAAUAUAAGGCGGCCCAUCAAAACGUUUCCCAUUUGUUCACGGAUGAUUACAAUUAAAAAUGGUUAGGAACCUUCUUUCUGCCUCAAAAUUAACUAUCUUAAUAGUUCGAAUAAUCGGUGCGAUGGCUUUCCGAGGGGUGGUAUUUAUUCAGCAAAAUUCGUGAUCGUGAUCGUGUUUUUUUCGGUUGGCAUUUUGGCAACCAAAGAAGUGUAGUAAAUGAUAAUCAAAGUCAAAUAUUUAACAAAUACUUACUAUACAUAUAUUUUUCGUUAAUCUUAACUUUUAACAAGUUAACAUUAUAUUAUUCUAUUUUAACGCAACACAACACAACACAAAAAUAUAUAUCGAAUACAAUAUUCUCCCAUGUAA